AUUCUAAAAUCAUUUCCGCAGCAUUCUCUUUCUUGAGAUUGCAUCUCCUUCGUUCUUUCUCUCUCUGUCAUACUCCGUAUAUAAUUGUUCUUGAUUAUUAAACAUAUAUUUGGUUGUUUCCCUAUAAGCCGAUUCUUUUGGUCGAUGCAUAAAUGGAUUUAUGUGAUAUUGAUAUUUUUAGCCAAUAUUUUUGGGAUCGUUUGGUGUUUUCUUUUGAUUUAAUAGCUUUUUUCAUUAAGAUUUGUCAUAAUGAAAAAGAUCUUUAGAUUCUGGAUUUUUUUCAUAAGCCGAUUUCUUUUCGCGAAGUAUAUAUUCUGGAUAUAUACGUAAAUCGGUAGAUAUAUAUAUAUAUAUAUAUAUAAGUAUACAUACAUAUAUUUAAAUAUCUUAAUCCGAUCGUCACCACCGUAAUCACUUGCGCCCUUCUCCGCCGCAUAUCUCUGAUUGAAGACUAACGUCAAUGUCCAAUGGUUAGUUUUAAGUGUAUUAUUUAAUUUUUUAAUCUUCUGUUUUGUUCUCAGCCUUUAAGAUAAUUUUCUAUUUUUUUCAUCAUAUUUUUUUAUUAAGUAUACAUUAAUCUUUAGAUCCAUGGAUAUUGCCACAUAUGAUGCAUGUCUCCCUUAAGAGUAAGAUUGCUAGAUCUAUUCGCAUUUCUUGAUUAUAUAUAUCUAUAUAUAUAUAUAAUCCCUAUUUAAAAAUCUAUGCCUAUAUGAAUGAUAUCCAUUAAUUUACUAUAUAUAUAAUUUUCGAAAUUAUAUUUAAAUGUAUAGUAAAAAAUAUUUCAAAAUUAAUUAGGAAAAGAACUAUGAUGAACUAUUUCACCUAUGUUGAAAGAAAUAGAAAAUUGGUUCAGUGAUUUAUAGGUUUUUUAUGCUUGAGGCACGAGAAAAAUGUCAAGUAUCUUGGCAUGGCGCAACGGAAUUUAUUUCUGUUGUUGAGCCAUGUCGAUUUUUUCCUAGAUUGCCUCAAUAUUAAAAACCGGGUAUCAAAUCUGAGCUAUUGUAUAUUUUUUUUUUGUAUAUACGUGCUAAGUAUUACAUAGCAUAUAUAUAUAUAUAUAGUAUAUAUGUAUUAAACUAUAUAUAUAUAUAUAUAUAUCAUAGUUAUAGAUAUGUAUAAAUUUUUAAUAUACUACUGUAUAAUCAUGAAUUGUAAACUUGUUUGUGUAUGUAAAUAUAAGGCUGUGAUGAUAUGGAAAGACUGAGAAAAUUAGUUUUGCGAUUCUUAGGCUUUUAAUGUUUGAGGCAAUAGAGAAAUGGCAAUUAACUUGGCGUGGCAUAACAGAAUUAAUAUCCGUUGUUGCAGCCAUGGUGAUUUCGUUUCUUUAUCUUCCUCAAAUUUAUAGCCAUUUUAAAUUCUGAGCCUCUAUUCUAUAUUAUAUAUUUAUGUAUGUGUGUGUAUUUGUAGACUGUAAAAGAAUCUCAAAAGUCCCCUCCCCUCCCAUCCCCUUCCCCCACACCGAGAAGCAAAUGGUCGACUUUGGAAGGCUUGGGCUACAUGAACUCCGAUGGGAGUGUGGUAACUGAAAUCUAGAGGUAGAUAUUUAGUAGUGUAAAGGGGAAAUUUUGAUGCAUUGAGUGGAGGAAUUCUGAUGUAUUUAUAAGCCGAAGCUCUGUCCUGUAUAUUAGGGCUUAUUUAUCAUGGCCGAUUUUGGGCCUGGCUGAAUUUGGGCCUUUUAAUUCCCCAUUUUCCUUUUUACUCUGUAGCCCUAAAUUGCCUUGUACUGUACACUACUUUUUCUUUAUAGUAAUAUGUGAAAUUUCAUCUAAAGAUUUGCAAAUCUGUUGUGCCGGAUUACAUUCAUUCACAUCGCUAUAUAUAGUAGUUGCCAAUCUUUCUAUAUACAAAGCUAAGAGACAAAAAUGAACAGUAAUUUUUCCCGCUUAAAGCUACAGUAAAAAAUAGUGAUCGAUACAAGGGAGAGCGUACUGGAGAAGGUAGCGUACUGGAGAAGCUACAGUAAAAAAUAGUGAUCGAUACAAGGGAGAGCGUACUGGAGAAGCUAGCGUAAUGGAGAAGCUAAGCCAUUGUUUUGACUAGGGUUUUCUGAUAUUUUCUUCUUCGCUCCUCCUUAUUCUCUCUCUCUGGCUCACUACGUCUGGGUUUAGGGUUUCGAUCGUGACGACAUCUGCAGUGAUUGGAUCUUAGGAGGAAGGCGGUUCAUCGUCACCAUCUCCCCGUUAAGCCAGUACAUAGAUCCGCGACAAUCACUCCAGGAGAAGAUUUAGUUAGCUGCUUUGGAAGAUUUCAAUAAUUGAAAUUAAUUUUUUGAGUAAUUCUCCUGUAGAAGAAUCUCUGCCACUUCCAAGGAACUUCUCCUCAAUUCAACACAAGAGGGCAGUGAAGAAGAUGAAGUCCUAGACCUCAAUGAAGAACCUCAGGUGCGCUUCUGUUAUUUCUUUGCUUUAAUGCCAAAUCCUAAUGCUUCUGGAAAAUUUUUACUGCCUCAAUCCAGGAAUUAAGGAGGCUCAACCCAAUUAUUAGUUUGUUUCAAAUCCAUGAAGUUUCUGAGUGACCAAAGAAAUAAAAAUGCAGAGCUAAGGAGAUGAUCAAGUUAAUGGAAAAUUGGAUGGUUGAAAAUCAAUGGGAACAUGUCAAGACGAUACACUCAUGCACAUGGAGGUGAUUUUUUAUCCACCCACACUGCUUUAUUGGGCUAGAUUUUGAGGGGAACUUUCAACCGCAGCUUGCAUCACGCUUGGACUAGAAUUGAGAGAAUCUGGACGUAGUACUCCAAUACCUGGGCCUCCGACUAAGGAUCCGGGAGCCGUGUUGAGAUAUGCAUUACCUAUUGACAACAAAGCUAUAAGAGAAGUUCAAAGGCCCAUUGAAGAAAUCACUGAGUCUCAAGCUGCCCGGUCUCAAGUCCCUUGGUUCUGCUGAGAGAAAUGCUAUGCAGUCAUCCCAGGUUCUCAAACAAGGGAAGACUUCGAAUAUUUCAGCAUUGGCGAUGUCAAAUGUUGAACAUGGAACUGAAAUGCUUAGCAAACUUGAAGUUGGUUUGGACGAGCUUCAAAAAAUCAUCGUUGAGGAUAAGAACUGGGAUGCUUUUGCUUCCAAACAGAAGGAAUUGCUUAACCAUGUUGGAAAGUAAGUGCCUAUAGAAAAGAGGUUAAUUCAUCAUCUCAUGUUUAUUGGAGCAACCGACAUUAUUAGAAACUCCCAUGUAGUCUUAUUUUAUGACCUUGAGGCUCUAAUGAACCUUAGGGUUCAAGUUGGAUUGAGGGUUUCGGAAGGUCUUGGAGGGGGGACUCGGGAAGGUUUGAAGGGGUUAGAGAAUGUCUUGAUGUAAAUACUAAGGAAAGUUGUUUUAAUGGUUAAGCUAUGUGUGGAACUUAAAUAAUGGUUAAGAAAUAUAAAUACAGAGGAAAAUGGUUUUUAAUGCUUGGUUUUACCUUAGUCCUUGGAAAAUAUGAAUUGCUGCUGAUUUUUUUGUUGCUGCUGAAUUUUUUGGCUUAGUGGUUAGAGUUGCUGCUGAUUUUUCUGGCUUAAUGGUUAGAGUUGCUGCUGAUUUUUUUGUUGCUGAUUUUUUGUUCUGUUUGUGAGUUGAUUUGCUGCUGAUUUUUUUUGUUCCGUUCUGAUUUUUUUGUUGCUGAUUUGUUUGUUCUGUUUGUGAGUUGAUUUUUGGGUUGUUUUUUGGGGUCGCCCACCUCCUGCGAUGUACCUUUGAUCUUCAUCAAUAAAGUUUUGUUUUGUUU